AAUCAGUAAUCUUUAUUUUUCUUCAUUAGUGGUUGUGUCAUAUUGCUUAAAAAAAAUUUUUAAGGAUGAAAAAAGUUCAGUCAUAUGCUAUAACAAUUGAUAUACACAUUCAAAAACAAUUUAAAUGAAGGUUUUACAUAUUAUUGUGAUAUCAGUAUGUGGGGCAGGUGACAUAUAUGACAUGUUCCAGUGAGAAGAUACUAUUAGUAUACUUCCAAUAGGGAGAAUGGCCCAACAGAACUUGGGAGAUGUUUUCUCCAGACUACAUAUUACGUUACAAGAAAAAAAAAAGGUAGAGGAAGGGAGGAAGGGAAGGGGAGGGAGGAAGUGGAGAGGGAGAGGAAGAGAGAGAGGCAGAGGGAGAGGGAAAGGUGGGGAGAGAGGGAGGGGGCAGAGAGAGAGGGAGAGAGAGGGAGGGGGAGAGAGAGAAAAAAAAACAAGAAUUUGGCAGUUAAAGAAUUUGGAUCAAAUAAAAUCAUUUUUUAUAUAGAAUUGACAAUAAUUGAGAAAAUACUUUCCAGCACAUAUUAUUGACAUGAACUGCUGAUUCAUUUAUAAGAAUUAAUCUUUAACAGUUAAAGUUCAUUGUCUUGUAAAAAUCUACUUGGGGUUCACAAAGGUCUUAAAAAACACUGGUAGAAAUAUUUAUUAACAUUAUUAAGGUACUUACUCCACCAAAAAUUUUUCUUAAUUUCACUGAAGUAAUAUAUACACAUAUAUAUUUUGAAUCAAUUCACCUGGUAUUCCAUCUCUUAAAAUCCAUUAAAAUCAGAAUUUUAGAAUUGAGAUCAUUCAGGUCUUUUUGUCCUUCACUUACAAACUUAGUUUUCUUUCUCCAAAAGGCUUGAGUCUGAAGUGUUACCUACCGAGCUUAUUUGACUUUCUAAACCUAGUCAUAGAGCUAGCACCAAAAUCUCCCAAAACGCUCUUAAGUGUUACCUUAGAAGAAGGUUGUAUGAUCGCCACCAUGUUUAAGAUACUUGAUUCCAAUAGAAAAAAAUUUUUCUGUAUUCAUCUAGAGUUCACUUUAAGCCCUCAAAAGAAAUUUCUUGUUUCUAGAUGCAUUCAAAAUUAUAAAGUAGCAGAACUCAUUUUUUGGAGCGGAAAAUCAAUGCUAUCUAUUGUAUGUCACACUUACAUAUUUGAAAAUUUGCCAAGAAUUUUACUAUUUAUCCUUUCUCCGCAGGAUUGAACAAAAAUAUUACGGAAAACGUGGGCUAAUUAGUAGAUAAUAGAGUAAUGAAAAUUCUAUUAAUGAUUUAUAGGGUUUGGGGGCAGGUAUUACUGGCAAUAUAAUACAUACAUAAUGCAUAUUAAUUACAAUUUUGAAAAAUGUAAACACCUGCAUAAAACAAGGUCUAGACUAGAACUCUCUAGUAGAACUUCUGAGAUAAUAGAAGUCUGUAUUUGCACUGUCCAACUUAGUAGGCAGUAGCCACAUGUGGCUAUUGAACACUUAAAAUGUAGCUAAUGUGACUGUGGAAAUGAAUUUUAAGUUUUAAUUAAUAGAUUUUAACAGCUAUAUGUCAUUAGUGCAGCUGAGACAGUGCAGAACAUUUUCACCAUCCUACCAUGUUCCCUCAUAAUCCUUUCCACUAAAAUCCCAAACUACUGCCUCUGCCAUAAGAAGAUACUAAACAUAGAUUACUUUUUCCUGUUCUUAAAUUUUAUAUAAAUGGAUUCAUAUGCUAUGUACUCUGCGUCUGGCUUCUUUUGCCAAAUGCAAUGUUUUUGAGAUUUAUCCGUGUUGUAUCAGCAGUCCUUUCCUUUGACUUGCUCAAUAGUACUCCAUCGUAUGACUGUAUCACAAUUUGUUUUACUCUUUUACUUUUUUAAGACAAGGUCUUGCUCUCACCCAGGCUGAAGUACAGUGGUGUGAUCACAGCUCACUGCAACCUUGAACUCCUGGAUUUAUGCAAUUCUCUUGCCUCAGCCUCCCAAGUAGCUGGGACUCCAGGCAUGUGCCAACAUGCUCAGCUAAGUUUUAAUUUUUUUUUGUAAAGACAGAGUCUCGCUAUGUUGCUCAGGCUGGUCUCAAACUCCUGGCCUCCAGUGAUCCUCAUGGCUUGGUCUCCCAGAGUGUUGGGAUUACAGGUGUUAGUCAUUGUGCUGGGCCCACAAUUUGUCUUCCCAUCCUCCUACUGAUAUACAUUUGAAUUGUUUCCAGACUUUUUUUUUUUUUUUUUUUGAGACGGAGUUUUGCUCUUGUUGCCCAGGCUGGAGUGCAAUGGUGCGAUCUCAGCCCACCGCAACCUCUGCCUCCCAGGUUCAAGCGAUUCUCCUGCCUCAGCUUCCCAAGUAGCUGGGAUUACAGGUAUGCGCCAUCACACCCAGCUAAUUUUGUAUUUUUAGUAGAGAUGGGGUAACUCCAUGUUGGUCAGGCUGGUCUCGAACUCCCGACGUCAGGUGAUCCACCCGCUAGGCCUCCCAAAGUGUUGAGAUUAAAGGCGUGAGCCACCACGCCCGGCCCCAGACUUUUUUUUUUAAAGCUGCAUAUGUACAUCAAAAGGUAAUUUGGUGUUAAGCAAAGGUAGUCAACUUAUGAUUCUAUAAUCAUCGUUCUGUGCUGGAGUAAAAAUGUAAUUCCAAGACAUACACAUGCACACAAACGUGUGUACACAUAGCCACACACACUCUUCAGAACUGCCGAGUAAUCAGCUGGUUUGUAUUACUUAAAGAAAACACAGAAAGACAAAUCUACCAGAAAAAAUUAUUGCACUGUUUUCAAAACCAAAACAUACUUUAGGUGGGGAUAGGUAGGCUUGAGGGUGCUCCAGAGAAUGGUGGCAAAUUAUGUUCAGUUUUGAAUUACCUUGGCCCCUAUCACUCUCUUAUCAUUUUAAAAUAAUUAUCACAUAUCCACACAAUUUCAGAUCUAGUAAAGGGAAUUAGCAAUCGAGUAAUAAAAUUAUCCAGUAUUCCACAUAAGUGCUCAAUAACUGGUACAAAUGAAACCAUUCAUUUUAUAUAAGAGAACCCAAGACUCUACAUCUCUCUCUCAAUUGAAGAAAAUAGGAUAUAAUCAAAUGAAAAAAUUUAAAACAGGUGUGAUUUCUCUCAUAAAAAGAUUCACCACAAAUUCAACAAUAAGGUGCCACAGCAUACAUUACUUUUCAAAACUCUCAUACUAUUUUUCAGAAGCAAGCCUAUCACAUAGCACUAUUUUAUCUUUUCAUAUGCAUCCUUUCUUUUUUAAAGUAUAAUAAUGAAAUAACUUAUUAGUCCUUGAAUAUGGAGUGGAUAUGAAUAGGCAAAAACACUCUAAUAGAUAAUACAGAAAUGUACCACUACGAAUUGUGUUAAAGUAACUUAUGAAAUACAUAAUCUAUAUAUAUCAUCAGGGCUUCAGAUUUUUCUUCAAGUAGUUCAGAUACAAAUGUGUUAUUCCAUGUCUCUUCCAAUCAUUCUGAUCGGAGAGAAAAAAACAAUCCAAGUUAAAACACAACAUUCUAAAUUAAUAGAUAAUGUUGAACAUUUUACAUUCAGGAACUAUGUCUGCCCAAUUUUAGCUUGGUUAUGUACCUUUUUUUAUUGAUCACACAGUGUGUUUUGCACUAUAAUAGGUGAUAACUGUUAGAGUGGUCCAAUACUGGGUCUUUUCUGUGACUUCUUAGCAAAUAAUUUAUUUCUGAAACAUACAUACAUGCAACAUAUGUGAAGAUGCAUCUAUGCAGCUUUAAAAAAAUGGCUAAAAAAAAUCCUACAAGCAAUGACUAUGGGUUAAAAGGUUUCUGGGUUCUUUUGUAACUAAUUACAGUAUUAAACAAUACAUGCAUUUAAAAUCCGUAUUUUCGAUUCUAUAGCUUGAACUGGUAUCUUGGUUAUCUGAUUCAGUGUGGUGGUGUAUUUGUACCUUUUCACACUGCUAUAAAGAACUGCCUGAGACUGGGUAAUUUAUGAAGAAAAGAGGUUUAACUGACUCACAGUUCUGCAGGCUUAACAGGAAGCAUGACUGGGAGGCCUCACGGAAACUUACCAUUAUGGCGGAAGGCGAAGGGUACAAGGACUUUCUUCACAUUGUGGCAGGUGAGAGAGGGGUAGUGGUAAAUAUUUUUAAACAAGCAGAUCUGGUGAGAACUCACUCUUGAAACAGCACUAGUGGGAUGGUGCUAAACCAUCAGAAACUGCCCCCAGGAUCCAAUCAUCUCCCACAGGGCCCCUCCUUCAACACUUUCGGAUUACUAUUUCACAUGAGGGUUGGGUAGGGACACAAAGCCAAACCCUAUCAGGCAGUAACACUAACAUUUCAAUUAACCUCAAUAUGGUUAGAAUUGUAUCAUCAUCAAGUAUCCUAAAACAUGGGAAAAUAUCCUAAAUUCUAAAUUUUCAAGAAUUAACUUCAGGAAAUUUAUCUAUUCCUAACUCUGGAAAAGACCAAAUCUGUAAGGCAAAAAAAAAAAAAAAAAAAAAAAAAAAAAAAAAUUUAAGCAGCUUAAAACUGAUUCUAUAAUGUCCUAGCACAAGGGUUGCACUUAUUUUUUAAUAGUCCCUCGAAGUACCUAUUUAUACUCUUGAGAUACAGUUUUGCACAAGGUUCACUAUGUGGUUUUCUUGCCUGCAGAUUAAGAGCAGUAAAUUAAAAGGGCGGUAAGGAUAAUAGAACUAUGUUCACUGACAGAAAUAAAAAGCAACAGCUGACAAUGAAAGACGGGACAGGCAAACUAUAACAGAUAAUGGAAUUUAAAAAACAAAGCUAUUCAGAGAGCCAUGUAGUGUGAACAUACAGCCCUACACACCAUUAUAGGAAUGAGGACUUUAUCAGUAAAUAUAAUAAAGUGAAUAUUCAUAAUGACGGCCAGUUUUCAUAAAGCUGGAAUGUAUAACUCAUUUCCCAUCUGUAUGUCAAAUGGGACCCACGUUGGUUACCACACAAUCUUUUGUCUGACUAGAAGCCCUUACUACCACAGUGGGUCAGGAAACCUUUUAGCUUUAGCACUAGGCUCACCACUGUUCACUACUGCAACACAUUAUUAUUAUAAGAACAUCUCUAACUCAUGAGAUUAUCAAAGGCAACAAUAUUACUUUUAAAAACGUACCCAACAAGGUAACCUUGUAUUCUAUGGCACGCAGCCAUAAACUAAAACCACCGACUUUUAGGACUCUCGGCCUGUUUUUCCUCAAAUGCGAAUAUUACCUAACACUGGUGUUGUUGGGAUUACAUGAGAUAAUGUAUGUAAAACACUUAGCACCAGUUAUCGGACACAGAAUGAGCUCAGUAUUAUUUUAGCGCUGGUGAACGCAUGCCGGCCCAAAUCCCUUAUUUGCAGGUGCAAAAAUUAAGCCUCAAGAGGAGAACUGACUUCCUAAGGCUCUACUUCUACUAUGUCAUUGUCCUGGUUAAGCAGCUUAGCGGCAAAUGUUGGGAGAUUUUGGGUAUUGGCAGGGCCUGGGGGCAUGUGCCUGCUGGACUCGAGUCUGCAGAGAAUUGGAGGAGUCUGUUUGAACCAUGAGGCAUUACAGGCUGUGCCUUAUCAACGGGUGUUUGAGAUGGCAGGUUGUGUUAACAACAUUCAACACAGACGGAAGCCAUUCGUCUAUCUCAAUACAGCCACAAACAGCAAGACCCUCAGCUACAGUAGGCUGAGUAACGGGGGAUGAGAGCACGGCAGGUAACAGGAUCCGGGCUUGAGCUCAACUCCUAGUUCGGUAUUUAAAGAGGGAUGAGCACUUAAGGGCUGAAACUAACAGAACUAGAAACUAAUAGGAUGGUAUGGCAGGCAGGUGGAAGCUACCCCGCCCCUCUACGCCUUCCGUCGAGGGGAACCGCCAAAUGCGUUUUCUCAGCCUCCUGGCAAGGCAAUUUCUUGCUCUCUACAGGAACUUACUCCUAGCCCUUGUAGAUAGGGAGUGAUGACCUCGCUUUUUCGUUAUGGAGUGAGGGCCGGACACGCUUGGACCUCACCUCUCCGCGCCACGCUGCGGCGGGACCGCGGGAGGCCGACUCGCGCCCACGCACACCCCACGCUCGCCUUCUCUAAGAUGGCGGCAGAGGCAGCUCGCUUACGCCCCGCCGCCCGCGCUCCUCCAAGUCGUGCCCUCAGGAGGCGGGAGCGGGUCAGAGCGCGGAGAGCAGGAGGGCGAGAGUGACGCGGACCCUCCAGUCUAGCGCAGGCCGCGGAGCCCUGAAGCGUCCAGGAAAGGGAAAGCCAGGAAGCGGACCCUACCAGGAACACCACCGGCGCCUCAAAAACUAAAAAGCGGCGGCACAUCCGGGCCCCUCUGCCCGCCCCGCCCCGGAAGUAACGCAUCGGGCAGGGGCGGGGGCUGCUCUUCAAAGUGGAUUCUUCCCUCGCCAUAGCUCGUCUCUUCACAAAGUGCCUGGAAUCACCCUCGCCACCCCCUCCCCCGGGUUAGCCGUUACUCUCUCGUGGCUCCGGGACGUCUCUGUACAAAGCUGGCUGCUGGGACAGGCAGCCCUCGUUUCACAGAUAGUACCCCUCGCACCACGACUCCUGGGCUUCGCCAGCACGUGUAGUAACGUCCCUACGAGAGGACUCUUGGUGACCUCAGCCCCAGCCAAGCAUAGGCGCACCUCUUCGGAGUCUUGCGGUGGAAUCCCGGCCUUGUGCCCCGUCACCCCGCCACCCCGCCACCCCGCCACCCCACCCGGGUUUGGGGGCCGUCAGUCACAGCGCUGCGCCCUCCCCUUCCGGCGGCUUGGCCGGGCCCGCCUCCUCCCCUCUUCCCUCCCCCACCCCUCCCCGUGCGAGUGUCUCCCUCUCCCUCUCGCUCUCUCUCUCUCUCCCUCUCUCUCUCUCUUUUGUGAGUUAUAGCAACCGUUGCCUUGUGAAUCAAGCGCCAUAGUCACCGUAGUCCUGGCGACUGUUACCCAUCAACAACAACUACUCCUCUCCUCCUCCUCCUCCUCUUCCUCCUCCUCCUCCCCACCACCACCAUCUCCAUCACCCACCAACAACACCACAAUAAUCCACAGCCAAGAUGAGUGUCAAAUGCCUGAACACUUUUGGAUGGUGAUGCUCCUGGGUCCUAUAAACUCUCUCUGAAGUUAAUAGGAGUUUUGCUGUCUUGGGACAGUUUCAGACCUUAUGCCAUUUACAUAAUAGGUUUUCAAGACCAUCAUGCAGACAUCAGAGACUGGGUCGGACACAGGCUCAACAGUGACCUUACAAACAUCUGUGGCUAGUCAAGCAGCAGUGCCUACGCAGGUGGUACAGCAAGUACCAGUACAACAACAGGUACAGCAGGUACAGACUGUGCAGCAGGUACAACAUGUCUAUCCCGCUCAGGUGCAGUAUGUGGAAGGAAGCGAUACUGUCUAUACCAAUGGAGCAAUCCGAACAACAACGUAUCCUUACACAGAGACACAGAUGUACAGCCAAAAUACUGGAGGGAAUUACUUUGAUACUCAAGGGAGUUCCGCCCAGGUGACUACUGUGGUCUCAUCCCACAGUAUGGUGGGCACUGGUGGGAUUCAGAUGGGCGUCACAGGAGGACAACUCAUCAGCAGCUCUGGAGGAACCUAUCUGAUCGGCAACUCAAUGGAGAAUUCUGGUCACUCAGUGACACACACAACUCGGGCCUCCCCAGCGACAAUUGAAAUGGCGAUUGAGACGCUGCAAAAGUCUGACGGUCUGUCCACUCACAGAAGCUCUCUUCUCAACAGCCAUCUCCAGUGGCUGUUGGACAAUUAUGAGACAGCAGAAGGAGUGAGCCUUCCCAGAAGCACUCUGUACAACCACUACCUUCGACACUGUCAGGAACACAAACUGGACCCAGUCAAUGCUGCCUCUUUUGGAAAAUUAAUAAGAUCAAUUUUUAUGGGGCUACGAACCAGGAGAUUGGGCACUAGAGGAAACUCCAAAUACCACUACUAUGGGAUUCGUGUCAAGCCAGAUUCCCCUCUUAAUCGUCUGCAAGAAGACAUGCAGUAUAUGGCUAUGAGACAACAACCCAUGCAACAGAAACAAAGGUACAAGCCUAUGCAGAAAGUGGAUGGGGUUGCAGAUGGUUUCACAGGAAGUGGUCAACAGACAGGCACAUCUGUUGAGCAAACUGUAAUUGCCCAAAGCCAACAUCAUCAACAGUUUUUAGAUGCAUCUCGAGCACUUCCAGAGUUUGGAGAAGUUGAAAUCUCUUCUCUGCCAGAUGGUACUACCUUUGAGGAUAUCAAGUCACUGCAGAGUCUUUAUAGAGAGCACUGUGAGGCAAUAUUGGACGUUGUUGUGAAUCUUCAAUUUAGCCUGAUAGAAAAAUUGUGGCAAACAUUCUGGCGCUAUUCUCCCUCUACUCCAACUGAUGGCACUACCAUUACCGAAUCGAGCAAUCUGAGUGAAAUAGAAAGUCGACUUCCGAAAGCAAAGCUGAUAACUCUGUGCAAACAUGAGUCUAUCCUGAAAUGGAUGUGUAACUGUGACCAUGGGAUGUACCAGGCUUUGGUGGAGAUUCUCAUCCCCGACGUCCUUAGACCUAUUCCUAGUGCCUUGACCCAAGCCAUUCGAAAUUUUGCAAAAAGCCUUGAAGGUUGGCUUUCCAAUGCCAUGAACAAUAUUCCACAGAGAAUGAUACAAACCAAGGUUGCCGCUGUAAGUGCCUUUGCCCAGACUCUGCGAAGAUACACGUCGCUUAAUCACCUGGCCCAGGCAGCUCGUGCAGUGCUUCAGAACACUUCCCAAAUCAACCAGAUGCUUAAUGACCUCAACCGUGUCGACUUUGCCAAUGUCCAGGAGCAGGCUUCCUGGGUGUGCCAGUGUGAUGACAACAUGGUUCAGAGACUAGAAACAGACUUCAAGAUGACUCUUCAGCAGCAGAGCACCCUGGAGCAGUGGGCUGCAUGGCUUGACAAUGUGAUGAUGCAAGCACUGAAACCCUAUGAAGGAAGACCCAGUUUUCCUAAAGCCGCCAGGCAGUUUCUGCUAAAAUGGUCUUUCUACAGCUCAAUGGUUAUUCGGGACUUAACCUUACGCAGUGCUGCUAGCUUUGGCUCCUUCCACCUGAUCCGUCUACUCUACGACGAAUAUAUGUUUUACUUAGUAGAACAUCGUGUUGCUCAGGCAACAGGAGAGACUCCUAUAGCAGUCAUGGGCGAGACAAACCUUGUAGAUGAAAAAAAUACUCCUAUCAUGGAACUCUUUAUAAGCAAACUUCUGAAUUUUGGUGAUUUAAAUGCCGUGUCUCCUGGAAAUCUGGAUAAAGAUGAAGGCAGUGAAGUAGAAAGUGAAAUGGAUGAAGAACUGGAUGACUCUUCAGAGCCUCAAGCCAAAAGAGAGAAAACAGAGCUGAGCCAGGCAUUUCCAGUGGGCUGCAUGCAGCCUGUUCUCGAGACUGGCGUGCAACCAAGCCUCCUGAAUCCAAUUCACAGCGAGCACAUUGUCACAAGUACUCAGACUAUCAGACAGUGCAGCGCUACAGGAAAUACCUACACUGCAGUCUAAAGAAUAUUAAAGCGUAUUUUUCCAGCUUACAUUAACCCUGUUGAUAUUGGGCUUAAGUUGAAAAUUUAAUAAGCCUGAAGGUCGACUGUUGUCAAAUUCUAUCUGUGCUGAACAUUAACUUUUUGGAGUUGUGAAAUGGAAUGGGUGUAUGUAUUUUGCCAGAUCUUUUUUUUUAACGUAAACAAAUUAUUUGCCUCUUAAUAAUGAAUUUUUUCCCUUAGUUUCAGGUGUCAAGAAGGAUUUUUACAACACUUAAUGUCAAUGUUUUGUUUUCUUAUAAUUAAAAAGUAAUUUACAUUUUUUGUAGCUUAAAAUAUUUUAUUGUUGAUUGUUAGUCUUGGUGUAUGAUUUCAUGUGUAAGUUUUUUAAUUAGAUGCACUUCUGUGAAAUAUCAAAAGAAAUGAUUUUUUUGAUUUACACUGGAGGCGUGCCCAUUUGGCAGCAGAUGCAUCAAAUUUGCUUUUGAAAGGUGCUUUUCAUUGGACAGAACCAUAAGACACUAUUUUGAUAACAUUUUGAGUAUGGAGAGAGAAUACAGAGCAUUUUUAUUAUAGUGCUAGAGGGUUUGGAAGGUCAUCUAUUUUUCUCUGAGGAAAAAUUGAGCUGUACAUUUAUCAGUUCAGAGUAAAUGACAGAAUUGCAAGAGAUUAUGCUAAUAUGUACAUAAUUUGUGUACAUAAUUAUUAAACCAUGUUAACAAUGCAAGCUUCCGUUAAACAUUGAAUUUUAACUAUUAUUUGCAUACCAAUUCCUCUGUUUAAAGACUACUGAUUCUGUAUUUGGGACCACUGCACAGAUGCAUUCUGCUGUUAAGUGGGGGCUGUUAUAGUUAGAUACUGAAGCAGAAAAAAAUGACUUGACUUUUUUUUUUUAAGUGUACAUGCUACUUAUGCUGAGCUGGACAUACAGGAAACCAUUCCAUUUGGAUGACUUUCUUUUAUUCCAGGUCUUUUUCCUAAUAGUAGUUCAAUAUGCUGCUAUUAUAAACGAGAAUUUAUAGAAUGCAAGGAAUGUAGCAACCUACAUAACGUUAUUUCCUUCAAAACUAUUUCCUGGUUUCUAAAGUAUGUGGAUUUAAAUUGUAAACAGAACCUGAAGGCAGUGUAACUGGCACACCUCACUGUUACUUAUCCCCAAUUCUGUAGGAUUUGGAUAGGUGGCUGGAUGGACCAUUGCCAUUGAAGAAUGUACAUCAGGGAUCAUCGUACCUCGGCUAUUACAUGGUGCCUUAAAACAGAACUGAAGCUAAGGUUUAGUAAGGUUUAUUUUGUUCAUGUGACUAACUCUUCAAUCCAUUUGACAAAGUGUGCCUGUCAUUUUCAGAUUCCUGAAGUAAGGACAGGUGACAUGUUCUUCAAAGGAAAUUUAGGGAAAACAAAGCAAAACAAAAAGACAAAAAUCAGUUUCCCUCUUUGAGUGACCGUGGAUCUAUUUUUUAUUCUUAGAGCUGAAUAUUACUUGAUUACAAAUCAGAUUGCUUAAGGGUGUGGAAUAGCAGGCUAGUUUUAAUACCAACUUGUUAACAUAAAAUCAUAUAUGUUUUAGACCGUUCUUAUUUAGUUACAAUUUUAGAAAGUUAACGAAGUAAGCAGGUACUUAUCGAAGUGCAUCUUUUCAGUCUAAAUGUUUGUCUGUGUGUCUAGGUGCUGGUGUGUCCACAUGGACACAUGAGUGCCCAUGGGGCAGGAGUCUGCUAUAAAGUCAGAAGGUGAGAUCCUAGAGAGUUACACCCAGCCCCAUUUUAAUUUGCAUGAAAAGCCAAGGUUCUUUUAAGCACUCAAAUUAUUUAAUGAUUAAAACACAAGAAAGGCACAUCUGUUCAUUUAAAUAGUUGUAAAAAACUAAUCAGCAAAAAUAAAUAGAUAAUAAAGCCAAAAAAAAGGAAAGCACAAAAUGAUUGACAGAUUAUCAAAUGAGGCCUAUAUUAAACCCAAGAUGUUUAUCUUUCCAGUGGUAUUGGGGUAAGGGGGGUGGGGGGUUGGAAAGAAGAGGUGAGCCAGUCUGUAAAGUUAGAAAUACCAAAUGGCUUAUCGGGUAAUACACAGUGUAUUUAAGCUGUUGUUGCUUAAUUGCCUCAGACUACUCAAAUAACAUCAACAACAUUUCUUAAGUAAAAUUUAAAUAUUUUAGAUGUAAUUUUAAAAACUGAUCCAAAUUUUUUAUUAUACAACUCACUCAUAUAUUUGAAAGUCUUCACUAGCAUAGUAGCAUCACCUUCAUCUAAAUGUCAUUUAAAUUACUGUCCCCCUUUUUCCUCCCAAAAAGACAAUGGAUUUGUACCAAAACACACACAAAAAAGGCAAACAAAACACGAUAAUCUGCAAAAGUUCAUGUAUCUACUUCAUUGUGCAUAGGAAGUGUUUACAGGUAAAAUUAAAAUCAAAAAUUGAAAAAACACUCUUCAUUUUGGCUCUCCUUUCUGAAUUUUUUCAGUUUCCUGUCUCUACCCGCCAUCCUUUGAGUGAUACUAUAUCUGUAUUGGACCAAAUGUAUUUACUGGUUUCAUUUUGUUUAUUGAAUGACUUUAAAUAUAUUUAUUAUCAUUGUUUAAUUUAAUGUUGGAUAUAUUUGUAUCAUUACAGGAAUCUGAUAAUAAUGGGCAAAUUUAGAUUGAUGAGGCUUAGGGAUCGGGGAUGCUCCAGGAUUCAACAUUUCUUCCAAUUGUUCAUGGUUUGUUCUAAAUUAGGACAGAUUAAGAACUAAUAAAACAUUAUUACAUUUGAACUUGACUCAAUAAAAAUAUUCUGAUCUCCUUUAUGAAUAUUAGGAAUAUUCUUUGUGAUUAGUGUAAGUAGUUUGGAUCAAAACAUAAAAAGAAGACCUAUGGUUUAUGCUACUUCUAGUUAUUUGUAGUUCACAGUAAAACAUGCACAGACAUACACACAAACAUUUUCAUCAAUUUUGAAUUUGAAUUAUGAAAAAUAUGUGAGAAAAUAAAAACAAUUUAUACAUUUGAGCAAAUUGAGCAAUCACAUUUAUUGCAUUUAUUUCCAUUUUUCCCUUUUUUCACUCAUUGAAAGUGUGGGUUUUCUAAAUAAUAUUAGACACUAACACUCAACAGAUUUAUUCACAAAUGACACAAGUACACAUUUUAAGACUUCUUUGUAUUUCUUGCAAUUAUAACCAAUCACUAGUCAUGAAAUAUACCUACAUAAACCAAGUGCUACACUUUCAGUGAGGAAGAAUGUAAGGAAGGUAUGUUGACUGUUUUCAAGUUUCAGAAAAGAUAUUUUCAUAUGAUAGGAUUGAGUAUCAUGGGUAUAGUUUGAUCUUGACAUAUAGUUUGAAAAUCAUGCUCAAAAGAUUUGCAUUCAUGAAACCAGUGAACAAUAGGGUGGAAUGGAUGAACCAUCUCCUUGGAAGACAGGGCCCAAUUUUCAAUUUUUUCUUUGGCUAUCAAGUUGCUAGUCACUUAUUCAGGAUUUUCAUCCAAACUGUGUUUGGACUGACUGUAUAAGUCUUACUGCCUUUUCAGAAAUCUGCUUUCCUUUGUGUGAUUUUUCUUGUACUGUAUAGCACGGUUUAUGCACCUCUCUUUAGAUGGUGUACUUUAAAAACAAAAGGAAAAUUUAGAAAAUGGUUUUAACACUGCAUACCUAAAAUUAGUAGUGUGCAGCAUUGACUGCCUUUGAUUUGUAGUAGACAAGUAAAAAUGAAUACGUUCUUGUAGAAUGCUGUAAAAGUUAUUCAGGAAUGAAUACGGUUUUAGUGCCGUAAUCAUGAAUCUUUUUAUAUGAAUGCACUGUCUAAAAGUGCUAAAUGCAUUUUCAAAUUUUUAAAAAUUCCUCAGAUGAUAUAUUUGAAAUGUCUAAAAUAAUGCUGUGCUUGAAACAUUAGUGUAAAAGGAAAAAAAAAUGUGUCACUGUGAUGUUGGUCCUCCUUGUGUGGACACAAGUAGAAAGAAAAAACUUGGCAAGUCACCUUUGUGUACAAUUUGAGGCAGUGGUUAUAUACAAUAAAUUGACCUUUAUUAUAUCCCCCAGACACACACAUUCUUGGUUAGAAAAUAACAACCAUCCAAAAAUUGAGAUGAGAACUUUUGUGAUCUGUAUGAAUCACAACACAUCAUGGGGGAGGAGGAUUGGCAUGCAGUGCUAUUGAAAAUUGGGCUUGUUGCUAGAUCAGAACAACCUCCAUGUAUAUGGUUAGAACGAAUCAAUUAAUGGAAUCCUAGUAUUUCUGCAAGUUUGGUGAUUUUUAAAAACUGGAAUAGAAGCAUUAAUUCAGUGCUUAGUUCUAGUAUUAGAAAACCCCUUUGAUGUAAUGCCUUGUAUUAACCCUUUGAGCAUUGUAAGAUAUACAAUGGGGGACAAAAGCCUUUCAGAUCAUUUAUUUAGACUUAGACCGGUAAAGUAUACUCUAUAUCCAAAUGUCUAAUUAUGCUGUUUUUUUAAAGGGGGGGUAGGAAGAGAAAGUGUUUCCACGCCGAACACUUGCAUUUUAUAUACAACUCUUAAUUUUUCUUCAAGAGGGCUUGAUAUAUUUAUUCCCAAAUAUUCACUGCCAUCUAAGUAAGUGUACUGUUUACAGAAAAAAAAAAUCAACUUUUCUAGCAUCACACCAUAGUCUCUAGAAAAGGAGGACAAAUACAUGGGCCUGGAUAGACCUAUGUCAUAACUGAUUUCUGCACAUUGAAGGUACCUAGAUUGCCUUUAAAAGGUAUAAAGAAAGGGUUAAGUUUCUUUUUUUUUCUUUUUUUCCCAAAACGAAUCAAAAGAUCUCAUUUAUUUAGCUUUAGAAAGUACAAGUGUAAGUGAAGCCUUAGGAAGAAACAAGUUCGAGUGGAUUAAGAGAAUCUGAACUCUUUGGGGGCAGUUAGGCUAUUUGGAGUUAGAUCGCUCAUAAAAUAUUGUUUGGGAAUUUCACACAGGGCAUAAUUUUAUCUAUGCUCCAAAACUUUUAAUACUUUGUCAAAAAAUUAUAUAUAGAUAGAAUGGAGAGCAAAGCACUUGAUUUUAAGCUCAUCUGUCAGGAGAUGCUAUGACUACUGCUUCUGAUAUCUCUAAAUGUCAGUCUGCUUACACCAUUGCUGAUUUUGUUCAAGGGAAUCUCUUCGUGCACUUGAUUCCCUCUGUUCCCUGCGUGAUCGAACAUGAAAGCAGUGUUGUCUGCAGAUGUGCUUGCGCUGCCCUAGCUGGGUGCAAAUAAGAGUGUAACCUAUUCUGAUGUCUGAUGAAAGGACAUCCAUAGCAUAGUGCAAGUAUGCCGUAAACGUUGCUUUUUAGGCAGUUUAGGAAGUCAAACCAUGCAAAUUACUCAUGUGUUAACAUGCAAUACUCAAAGGGUUUUAAUUUAACUCUCUUCUUUUGAAUUCUUCAUGAUGAUUUACUGUAAAUGCUUCUCAGUUUGCAUGCCUUGAUCAUUGCUGCUAGUGAUUUUAUGUGCCAGUAGACCUGAGUUUAGUUUACCAAUUUUACUUAAAUAGUAAAAGCCACUUACAAAGUGACUGCCUAGGAUUUUUUUUCCUUUCAUUUGAAAUAAUUGAUGAUAUGUUUUUUUAAAAAGAAAAAUGUGUUUUGUCUCUUAUUUGGUUCUGGUUUGAUUCUUUUUCUCCCCUCUUUCCUUUGUUUUUUUUUAAAUAAAUUAUGAUGUUGGGAUUGGAAGCCCUGAGUAAUGAAAAUCUUUGGUAAGAAUUGUUUAUGUAGCUCAAUAACGAGGACAACAAAUAUUCUUUAGAAGAAUUUUGAUUCUGGGGAGGAAAGAAAAUAUAAAAACUCCCAUUGACUGUUGAUAACCAAGUAAAUUUUUCCUUCAGUAAAUUAGUAUUUUUGAAGAAGCGAUCGCCUUGUUUUAACUUGCUAAACAACAAUUUUAAAUGACCCAAUAAAGAAUCUAUUGAAUUUUAUUCGUUUAAAAAGCAUCUUUUGUACCAAAGCAAAUUUUUUUCUCUACUCAUUUCCAUCAUCAAUUUGGACCUAUGGUGGUGACCAAUGCAUUGGUUACAGAAACUUUAAGUGAGUGCCUUGAGAAAACUUGGGAAUUUGUGCCUGAGGUGGUAAACUUUUAAUUAGGUUAAUUGUAGUGCUUACCAAUCAGUAACUUCACUAUCACUCAGGGCUUUCGUACCUUCUAGGUAAAACUUCUUUCAUUGUGUUUUUUUAAGAUACUGUAUUUUUUUUUAAGUGCCAUCAUUUAAAUUUCACUUAGUAAGUGGCAGAUUACAUUAUUCAGUCCCACAAGCACAGAAACAUAGUAACACUAGGAGAUAUUUGAACAUUUAUUUUACAAUCGACUGAAUAUAUUAUGUAAAUGAGGUAAGCAACUUUUGUAGAGAUUGUAUGUGUGAGAUAAUGUAAUGUUCUUUUCCAGUUUUUGGACUACAGUUGAAUAAACUUUUUAAUUAUUUAAAAACAUCUUUACCGAAUAACAUGUGAUGGUUUUUUGUAUAAUGUAUUUGAUUUUGUAAAUACGUAUUUCCUGAUGUGAUUUUUGUGAGAAAUGCUAAAUCUUUUAGUAUAUCAUGUCCUCUCAAAAUUGGCAGGAGCUAAAUAAUAGUUUGUGGGCGAUUUGUAUUGUGUACUGUACAAUAACUGGGGAACUUUUAUAAUUAUAAAAAUAUAUAUUAACUUUUAGUGUGUUGUUUAAACAAAUGACUGGAACAUACUAAAGAUAUUAGUAGGAUUUUUCUGAAUAUUUCAGACUUGAACUCAGGCUAGCUUUCUUGUGUUUUUCAAAACAAAAUGGUGUCUUGUCUUUUAAAAUCAAUAAAUUUGUUUCCUUGUUACAAAUACA